GAUACCCCUAGGAAAAGACCUUUGUCUUGCCGUUUAUCCUUGGUUGAAAGAAGAAGAAGCCAUCUCAUUUGUCAGCUACAAACACAAACUGAGUGUGAAAAAUAGAGAAGUCAUACAUAAAGAAGAUCGUCAUCAACACAAAGUUAAGCAGUUCAUUCACAAUCUAAAGAAGGAAGAUUGCAAUGGGAAGGCCACCUUGUUGUGACAAAGUAGGAGUGAAGAAAGGGCCAUGGACUCCAGAAGAAGAUAUAAUCCUUGUAUCUUAUAUUCAAGAACAUGGUCCUGGUAAUUGGAGAUCUGUUCCUACCAAUACUGGUUUGCUAAGAUGCAGUAAGAGUUGCAGACUUAGAUGGACGAAUUAUCUCCGGCCAGGUAUCAAACGCGGCAACUUCACCGAUCAAGAGGAGAAGAUGAUCAUCCAUCUGCAAGCCCUUCUUGGCAACAGAUGGGCAGCAAUAGCUUCUUAUCUUCCACAAAGAACAGAUAACGAUAUCAAGAAUUACUGGAACACCUAUCUGAAGAAGAAGCUUAACAAGAUCCAAGGCGACUCAUCUGACCUAGAAAACCAUCAUCGUUCAAUGGGAUCAAACUCAUCAUCAUUCUCACAAACUGCCAUGCCUAAAGGUCAAUGGGAGAGAAGGCUCCAAACUGAUAUCCACAUGGCUAAACAAGCCCUCUGUGAAGCCUUAUCUCUCGACAACAAAUCCAUCAAUCUGCCUGAAUUAUCCUCGUCCACGGUUUCAAGAAAUCCCUCAUCAAUCAGUACAAACCCUAGUUCACUAAUACACCAACAAGUGGCCCUACCUCCUACGCAGACAAAUCAAAGUGCAACUACUUAUGCUUCAAGUGCGGAUAACAUUGCACGAUUGCUCCCAAACUGGAUGAAGAAACCCCAAAAAUCUUCACAGACGAGCUCGGAAAGUAUCAGCACCACUGAUCAGACUCACAACUCUUUCGAUGGGGUGCAGUUUACCAGUCCUCCAAGUGAAGGCUUUGAUAAUUCACUGCAAUUUGGGUUCAACAACUACUCAAACUACAGCAAUAUUUCAGAUGGUUCUCCAUCGGUUUCGCCAGAAACAAGUUUAUUCCAAGAUGAAAGCAAACCAAACACCAAAAAUGCUCAAUUUCCCCCUCUUACUUUCCUAGAGAAAUGGCUUCUUGAUGAUGCUACUGCUCAAGUGGUGUUAAAUAUGUACUUCCAACUGUUGACGUACGUUCUCCCAGGCCAGUAA